AUGUCCUCAUCGCUAGCCCGCACCCGCUCCCUGCGGAAGCCGACGCAGGGCUCCUCAACCGAUCUGCCCCCGACGACCACCACAAUCUCCCACGGUGACGGCCACAACCGCCUCCGAAGCGCCCAAGAAAAAGAGGCCGAACCCCUUAUCGUCGUUGCUAAGCAGGAGCUCCUCCACGCGCCAACCAGCUUCCGCGACAACAUCGACGUCGACAAGGCAGAGAGAUGUGGCGGCAGGUGCUGGAGGGGGAGGAGGAUCAACCAGCUCGGGACCAACGAGCGCCCCUUUAAGCAGGACAAGCGCGCUCUCGGGCCUCACAAGGACGUCUUCGACCAGGGAACCGGGUCUGACACGGACACGAUACCCCGCAAACGCUUCGACGAGCAACCUCAGCCUUGUCUCGUCAUCCAAUGCUACUGCAGCAGCGACGACUUCGACAGCAGCAGGGGCUGGAAGCCCGACAAAGGGCCACGCGCGCGCAAAGAGCGUCGCAACCCUGAACAACACCACCGUUCUCCGACCCCCGAGCCAGACAUCGUCUUCCGGGGCCGCUGGCCCUGCACCGAGAUCACGCCCGACGUCCCUCUACGGGGCGCCUCCCACGUCUUCCUACCCAUCUUCAACAGCAUCCACGACCACGAGGCCCCGUCCACCCUCCGCAACAGACCGCCUUUCUUCGAAACCAUCCUCCUCCGGCCAGCCUUCUCGACCCUCCAACAGCACUACUCGCCCGCCAAAUCCCUCGCACCAAAGCCCCUGACAGCGACCUACCUCGCCGCCCCAUCCCCGUCAAAACUCCCCGCCAACAUCGCCCUCACGGCAGAGACGUCCCGCCUCCAAACAGAGCUCCUCCAGCUCCACCUCCUCCACCGCGACCUGCCACAGGUCACGUCCCAAUGGCACGCCAGCGCCCGCUCCAAACUCGCCGCGCGCCACGCCGACCUCGCGGCCUCCGCAAGAAGCCUCGUGACCUUGGAAUCCGACGCCGCGGAGCGCCGUAACCUCGCUGCCCUACAAAGCUGGGGAGCAACUCCAUCUACCGGCGGCAGACCGACAUCAUCAUCAUCAUCACCCUUACCGCUAGAAGAUCGCAUCCAGCGCCUAGACGCCCUCCUCACAUCCCUCUGGUCCCUCGACAGCCCAGGCGGCAAACACCACCGCCUCGUCCGCACCUUCGAGCGCUGGGCCUCUUCCCUCGCCGACCUCGAAGCCGCCCGCGCCCGCGCAGAAGACGGCGCCGACCCCUCCGCCCUCCUAGACGACAACGCAGACGUCCGUUUCGGCGGCGGCCUCGACGCGCGAUGGAAAGAAGAGGCCGCGGCGCUGGUGAGGCGUCUCGAGGGGUGGGAUGCGCAGCUGAGGGAGCUAGAGUAUGGCGGCGAUGAUGACGAGGACGCGGCUGCUGGUGCUGGUGCUGGUACUGACGCUACUGCGCAAGCGUCGAGCCUGAAGCGCAUGUUGGAUGGGUGCAGUAGUCUCGUCAGGGACAUGCUCGACGAGCUGGCCGUCAUGGAAGACAUCGAGGCCGCGGCGGUGGAGAGGGAGAACGAGUGGAUCAAGAAGAUGAACAGGGAGGGAGACGACGGCCGCGGCAGAGAUAUCCAGAGAGCCGGUGCCAUUUGGAGAGUCAUUUAG